CGGUAAAGUUUGUUGUUUGUUGGUAACGGUGGUAAUGUGGUAAUGUGAGAGAAGAGGUUGAGUGAAUAGUAUUUUGUUGGGACGCAACCGCGCGAGACGAUUGGUAACAAGGCCCUAUAUACUAUUGUAACUGUGGAGUGUGGCUGCAUUAAUUUUGCAUUAAAAUGAGUAAAAUGGAGGAGCCACUGCAAUUUUUGCCAUUCUCCUCUGCUGUUGAGACUGGCUUUUGGCAUAAGCUAAGUCAGCUUAAACUUGAUGUGCUGCAUUUGAAUGAAGAACCAAUCAACAUCAAUGGAAACUAUUACAAUAAUGCAGUCCAAGGUCUGCCUGCACUAUUCAAUGUUGACUUCACAUCUUUUGAUAGCCGGCCUCCAGAGGCCCUCAGCUGUCCCGGGGUGCUCAUCAACCGCAACACUCGCGAGACGUUCAAGGAGUGCGACAAGGCCGAGCUGCUCCGGCAGCGCGGAGAGGAGGUGUGGAGCAGCAUCACCGACGGCUCGGCGCUCUCCCGGCCCGGGCUGCUCAACCGAUGGCUUCUGAUCACAUUCGCCGACCUGAAGCGGUACGACUUCCUGUACUGGUUUGGGUUUCCUGCGCUCAAAUGUCCCUCGUCCGUGAUGACGGUGGAGCCGCCUCAGCCGCUGUCCGAAGCGUUCGCGGCAGAUCAGACGGAGCGCCUGUUGUCGCUGCUGCCGCCGGGAUCCCCUCCCGCCGCCGCCUUCCUGGUGCAGCUGGAGCCGGCGCUGGCCGUGCUGCCGCUGGCCCGUCUGACCAGCGCGCCGGCCGGCCGCUGGCUGCUGGCCUUCUGCGACCCCAGCGCUGACCGGCGACACCCCGGCUGGCCGCUGCGCAACCUGCUCGCUCUCUACUGGCACCACUGCGGCCGUGAGCGGCCAACUGUUGAGGUCCUGUGCUGGCGGGACAUGACUCGCGGCGGCGUGCGCUCUGUCGGCCACAGUCUGAUACUGAAGUUACGGCUGCCGGCGGAAGAUGGCGCUGCGGACGCCGCGCCGGCCGUCACUGGAUGGGAGCGGAACGAGCGGGGCAAGAUGGGGCCGCGGAUGGUCAACCUGAGCUCCACCAUGGACCCGAAGGCUCUGGCGGCCUCGUCGGUGGACCUGAACCUGAAGCUGAUGCGCUGGCGGCUGGUGCCCGACCUGCAGCUGGACAAAAUGACGAACGCCCGCUGCCUGCUGCUGGGGGCCGGCACGCUGGGCUGUAACGUGGCUAGGACGCUGCUGGGCUGGGGUGUGCGCCACAUCACCUUGGUGGACAACGGAACGGUGUCCUACUCUAACCCGGUGCGGCAGAGCCUCUUCACGUUCCAAGACUCGGUACAGAGACGACCCAAGGCGGUCGCCGCUGCCGAGCGGCUCAAAGAUAUAUUCCCGGGGGUGAUAUCUGAGGGCGCCCAGCUGAGCGUGCCGAUGCCGGGCCACCCUGUGAGUGCCGCGCUGCUGGACCAGGUCACCACCACCGUGUCCCGGCUGAGGCAGCUGGUUACCGACCACGACCUGGUGUUCCUGCUGAUGGACAGCAGGGAGAGCCGCUGGCUACCCACCGUGAUGGGUGCAGCGCAUCAGAAGGUUGUGAUCACGGCGGCGCUGGGGUACGACUCUUACCUGGUGAUGCGGCACGGCAGUCGUCCUCCGGGCCUGCCGUCUCCUGACUCGGCAGUCAGUUGCGACCCGCGCCAGAUGAUCGACGGCUCCGAGCUGGGCUGCUACUUCUGUAACGAUGUCGUGGCGCCGGGAAACUCGGUUCAGGACCGCACGCUGGACCAGCAGUGCACCGUGACCCGACCGGGGGUCAGUAUGAUUGCCGCGGGACUGGCCGUGGAGCUGGCCGCCGCCCUCCUCCAGCACCCUCAACGUGAGCGCGCCCCGGUCUGCCCUGUGUCCGCUGAGGUAGCCGAGGCGCCGGCCGGCCCUCUGGGAGCGGUACCUCACAGCGUGCGGGGCUUCCUGGGGCAACACCAGCAGCUGACGCCGGCCACCAGGGCCUUCAACCGGUGCACCGCCUGCUCCAGCAAGGUGCUGGAGCAGUACCGCGAGCACGGCACCGAGUUCCUGCUGAAGGCCUUCAACCAGUCCAGCUACCUGGAGGACCUGACCGGGCUGACGGAACUGCACCGGCUCACGGAGGCUGCUGAGUUGUGGGAGUUGGAUGACGGCGACGCCGACGACUUCUGAGGCGACGUGCGACGAUCUCGAUGGACCAGUGUUGUGAUACAAACUGCGGUGAGCGGCCCACCCCGGGGCUCCGUGCAGAGCUUGAGGGCUGGCUCCAUGACAGAGAAGCAUGGCUGCUUUUGAGCCUCCGGUACUGUGAUUUCUUCCAUACCCAUGACUCUGGGAUUCUCCUCAUCGUAGAAUGCCGUAGAGUGACAUAUUAUGUUGCCUCGAGCAAUAACGCCGAUCCAGUCAGUUCCAGUAUGAGUGAAUGUGAACUGCUUCUGCCUUACGUAGCGUCGAGCUAGAACUGUGAUGUUAUAUGCGAGUGAAGCCUCUGGUAUGUUAGUGUGUGCAUGAUGCAUUCCGGUGCACAGUUAUCCGUCAAGAGUACAAGAGAAGCUGUCAAAUGCAUAAUCCUAGUCACUAAACGUACUGGUUUUUUGGUUGCCUUGGACCUCGGCAGCGUUAAAUUUAUAAGCCUUCGGGGGAUAGUUAGAUAUCUCACUAUUUUUACGACACCGUCCGCCACUGAACGUAGGCCGAACACGCCACACACAAUCGUAACACCGCGGAACACCAAACACGUAACCACGAUACACAUCGUCGAGCGUGUAUUCCUGCCGUCCGCGCACCACCCGAUGGGGGGGGGGGUGCUCACCCCCUGUCGAUGCCGACGGAGUGGCGUCGCCUGGUGAGCGGCCGGCGUCGCCCGGCCGGUGGACAGCGGAACACACUGCAUAGCGGCCCCGUCCGUAAUGGUAUGCUAAUAUAUGCAAAUGAACGGCGGCAUUGAUCGCGCCCGGCCGUUAGUCGCUAUAUCUGUUUUCCGUUUUCGUGUCGCCGCUCCCAUGAGGCCGCCGCGGUGCCGCGUUAUGGCAUGCAUUUGUGUCGACUCGCCAGGUUAAGUUCACUUGUCAUGCCAUUGGUUUGGGUCGGGGAGGGUGGACACUGGGGCACCAAAGGGUUGUCAAAUGUGGGUGAUCGGUGCUCUAUGUUUUGUACGGGGUGGAUUGUGAGCUUUAGUAAGUGCUUACUUAUGGGCAAAAUAUUGAUGUUAAUAAAUCGUUUAUGUAUCGUUGGCGUGAAUGUUUACGACCUGUAACCAGCCUGGCAGCAAUUAAGUUUCGACUCGUUCACCGAAAUCUGUGAUUUUUUUAGGUUUCGACGAUAAUAAGUUGCGCGUUUCCUCUUCUAUCGACACAUCACUGGUUGUAACUAGUCCAAUAGUCAACCACUGGCACACCUCUGCACCGAGUAAUGGCCUGUAGUGACCUCGGGUAGAGGAUCGAAUGGUUCGCGGAUACCAACGGUGCUGGUUACCCUAUCGUAUAUUCUUCAUGUUUACUCCUCAAUAGUAUACGCAUGUGUACGCUGGCUGGUGGGAUCAGAUCAGGGUUUAUUCAAUUAGGGGCUCAUUGAUCUGCUUCUCAAGAUUCGCAAGAUAACUAUUGCGUGCUGUUGUACUGAAUCAUGAUACAUAUUACCGGAGAGACGGUUCCGUAAAUUGUCAUCGUCUCUGAAACUGACUAGAUGAUAAAUACAUAUUGCUAUCUCGGUAUA